AUGAACGACCCGAGUCAACCCAACGAUGAAGGCAUCACCGCCCUUCACAAUGCCAUCUGUGGGGGCCAUUACAACGUGGUGGACUUCCUGGUUCGGAUUGGAGCCAAUGUCAGCGCACCAGACAGCCACGGCUGGACCCCGCUGCAUUGUGCGGCCUCUUGUAACGACCGUCCUCUGUGUGAAUUUUUGGUGAGGAAUGGAGCUGCUGUGAUGGCCAUGACAGAGAGCGAUGGCGCCAUUGCCUCUCAAAAGUGUGAUCCUUUUGCUGUUGGGUUUGAGGAGUGUGAGAGCUUCCUUAGGGGCAUGGAGGAGGCCAUGGGUGUGGAGAACAGCGGGGUGCUGUACGCUCUGUGGAGCUACCCGGCUCAGGCACCUGAUGAGCUGAGCUUCAAAGAGGGAGACAUGGUCACCAUCCUGCAGAAACCUGAAGGGUCGGAUUGGUGGUGGGCCUCGCUCUGUGGCAGGGAGGGCUUUGUUCCACACAACUACUUUGGGGUAAGAUACCAAUUUAUAGACAAAAUGUUGAACUAUAUAAUAUAGUCUUGGUAUGACUAAAACAGAUUUAAACCAGCAUUACAUCUAUACUCCUCUUUCUGAUGUGUUUUUUUCUUGUUG